GCUAGUGUCCGGCCAUGGUUACUUUUCAUUGAUUGAUAUUUUUUAGGCUUUGGUGAUGUCUGCUGUCUUGUAAACAUUUACGCUGUAUUUACAGUGGUGGCGAGCUGUGUUUUGGUUUUAGAAAUUCAGUAAUGAAAAAGAUUUGUCGUUCGGAGACUCUUUUAACACUUUUUUGUCUAUUAAUUUGUCUCGGAGCCUUAUCAUGUGACAAAUGCCAUCUCGAUAGAGCAUUGCAACCCAUGACAACCGAAAGUGGUCCCAGAGAGUAUACUGGUGCCAUUUGCCAAAAUGUUCUGUGUCAGCUCACAGCACCAUAUGCAUCUUGGAUUGGAACUCAUAAUAUCACUUUGACCUGGAAAGCUCUAAAUCAGUCGGAUGUUUUAUAUAUUCCUCAAUGGACUGGUCCCAGUCUGUCUGGGGUUUGGGCUCAAGCAGAGAAUGUUACAGAAUCUACAUACACUGUUGAACAGCUGGAACCUUUCACCUGUUAUAAGUUCAGGGUCUGGGCCGUGAUAGCAGAAGAACACAUGUGCUCUUUAGAAAGCCUUUGGUAUCAAACAGAACCAUUUGGGCUGCCAUCCAGUCCUUCCAUAGACAGUAUUGAGAGCGUGUCUGGAGAGAGUGUGGACGUCCACUGGUCUCCACCUGAGAAACCAGCAGGACCCAUCUUAGGCUUUAACCUCAACCUUACCACCAACAAACAUGUCAUAAGUGUAGCAACCGGAGGAAAUAUCUUCUUCACCACAUUCUUCCCAACACUCUACAACACUGCAUACAGGAUCUCUAUAGCCGCUGUUAACAGAGAAGGUCAGGGUUCAGUAGCUGAAGCCAGUAUAACAACACCGGAACAAGUUGAGCAGGAUGGAGGCCGCUGGGUGUUUGCAUCCAGAUGGAACACACUGAGGAGAAGAGCAAAGAAUGCUGAUUUCUUCACUACAGCGGAAUGUCUGUCUGAUACUCUUAUAGAGAGCAACAUCACAGGAGUGGCCAUGCACUAUAGUUCAAAAAAGGUCUAUUUUGCUGAAGGGACGCAUAUUUGGGUUAAAGGAGCAGAAAAUCUCACCGACCACUCGGAUCUUAAGCUUCUUUUCUCUGUUGAUGUGAAGGUCACAGCACUGACAGUCGACUGGCUUUAUCAGAGGAUGUACUAUGUCUCCAGCGGUAGUGUCUUUUAUUGUGGAAUAGAUGACUGUACUUUUCCAGUCCAUGUAAAUCUCACCCUACCCAGUGACCCUUUGGACAUUAUUGCAGAUCCAUAUAAUGGAUUUUUGUUCUUGCUGCUAUCCAACGGUAUAUUCCGCGCCCCUCUUCUUGGCCAACAAGAUGAGAUAAGUCAUGUUGUGAACACAUCCCCAAAUGCUCUGUAUGACUUGGUGGUCAGUUUCCCCAAUAAGAGGCUUAUUUUUCAUGAUAGAAGAGAUCAGACACUCAAAGCUGUAUCUCUGGAUGGGUUACAUGCGGUUACACUGUACACAAGCAUUAUGUUUGAAGCAACCAGCUUUGCUUAUGAGGAGGAUUUCUUCAUGUUCUCUGAUGGCCGUGCACUUUAUAAAGAGGUUGGCCAGGGUCAGGUGGCCAUCUUUAAUGAAUUCCCUAUGGACUGUGAUGACCUUAGUAGUCAGUAUGAAGGAUUUGGAAAUAUUUGCUAUUUUAGUCCAUUGGCGCAACCAUAUCCGGUGCCACAAAGACCGAGAAAUCUACAAAUCCUGUUUGGAUCGGAUAAGGCCAAUGUGUACUGGGAUAAACCGGAAAUAACGAUCGGAGCAAGUUCAUCCGGCUGGCAAAAUUGGACAUAUUUUGUAAACUGCUCAUUGAAUGGGCUGCUGGUGACAAGCUUCAGUGGAGUAACUAGCACACAUGUAACAGUAUCAGAUCUGGAGAGCUCGCAUCGGUACUGUGUUUCUGUCAGAGCUUGUUCUCCUGGUGGAUGUUCGAGAUCAGUCUCUUUUGAAGGAUCAACUCUUCAGGCUGUGGAUGAAGCACCGUAUAUAGUUGUUGCUGACGGUCAUGGCAUCUGGAAGCAGGAUUUGGAUAGCAAUGACUUUCUGGAGCCCCUGGUGUCUAACAUCAAAGAUGUGAAAGACAUUGACUCGUAUAAUGGAACCAUCUACUGGACCAACAGUUCAGGUCACAUCAACUGGGUUGAACUGAGUGACCAGUCUCUAAGCGGCAACGUCAUCACAGAUCCACUAUCCAUGAGAGCCGAAUCUGUGGCGUUUGACUGGCUGGGUCAGUAUCUGUACUGGAGUUGCAACUCAAACCAAAUAUGCAAAGGGUCUACAUCCGCACAGCAUGUUGAGAUAUUUCACCAGGCAGAUGAUAAGAUUCUCAGUUUGGUAAUUGAUUCAUUGAAUGCUGCCAUCUACUGGACCACUAAAACAUCCGUGGAGGGUUGUAGACUGGAUGGAGAAGGAUACCAACUUCUGGAUAAAAUGAGUGUGUUCUCUGGUAGAGAGGUUGCUGGAAUUACUUUGAAUGUGAUGGAGAGAAGUCUAUAUUGGUUGGUGCAAGAUGGUACCAUGGUUAAUCUGUACACAGCAAAUUUUAGAGGAGACAGGAUGCAAACGUCUAAAGGGGUAGAAUAUGUCCAAUGGACCACAUCUCAAAUCUUCAAUCAUCAUGUGGGAUACUACAGCGGGCGACUUCUGUGGUUGGAUGAAAACAAACAGUUAAGGAUUCAGGAGGUGAACCAGACAACCAGUGUCCGCAUGUCUUCUACUAACCCACUGACAGCUUUUUCUUUAGUACAGGAGAUGCUCAAACCUCUACCAGAUGGGUUCUUAUCUCCUCCUGUUGUCAUUCCACCCGCCGUUCCCAAAACCUCAGUUCGUCUUGAAGGGAAUCACACAUUUUUCCAGAUUCUCUGGGAUGCCAGUAAUAUUGACUUUGGGAGUGUCUUUUAUUGUGUGGUGUCCAAGGAAAUGUCGCAAAAUGCUGAACAACUUCAAAAUAACUUUCCAACCAGAUAUUGUCCGCCUGGAAAUACAGUUUUUAAACCAGUCAUAAAUGUGACAAGAUUCAAGCCGGACGCAGAAUUUAACAUCACCAUAACCCCCUUUUCAUACUGGGGUAAAGGGGCAUCAACAAGCAUGAUUCUGUAUACUCCAGGAAUGGACACUCCGAAACAUACAGACAUCACAUUGGUUAUCGUGAUCACAGCGAUUUGUGUUUGUGUUGCAAUUAUUGUCAUCCUGGCUGCAGUCAUUUGGCAAAGAUUUCACAAGAAGCAAGAUCCAGGGACAUUUGAACAAACAGGUGUGCAUCUCCACACCGAUGAGGAGUUGGAGUAUAUUCGGGGUUUGGUUGGUCUUGGCAACGCAUGCUAUGCUGUCAGUGACAUACCUGGCCAAAGAGAGAUAGAGUCCCUUCCUGUAUUUCCCCGGGACUGUCUGAAACUACAAAGGCUGUUGGGCAGUGGAGCGUUCGGAGAGGUUUAUGAAGGGAUCACAACUGGCUGCCAAAUCACAGAAAUAGGGUCAGAUGAAAGAGUGGCUGUUAAGACACUGCACACCGGUGCCAGUGAAUACGAGAAAGCUGAAUUCUUGAAAGAGGCUUCUUUAAUGAGCCAGUUCAAUCAUUCUAACAUCCUGCGUUUGCUUGGAGUUUGUCUGCUGAACGAACCACAUUAUCUCAUCCUGGAGCUGAUGGAGGGAGGAGACCUCCUUUCCUACCUGAGAGGAGCUCGUCCUACAAAUAAACGCAGAGAGUUAUUAAAUCUGACCAGUCUUCUGGACAUCGCUUUGGAUGCUGCUAAAGGGUGUGCUUAUUUAGAAAGGAUGCAUUUUGUUCAUAGAGAUAUUGCUGCAAGAAACUGUUUGGUUUCAGUGAAAAGCUACAUGGACCCAAAGAGAAUCAUUAAAAUAGGAGACUUCGGAUUGGCCCGUGACGUGUAUAAGAAUGACUACUACAGGAAGAGAGGCGAAGGUCUGCUUCCCGUCCGCUGGAUGUCACCAGAAAGCUUAACGGAUGGAAUUUUCAAUAAAUUCUCAGAUGUCUGGGCGUUUGGUGUGCUCCUAUGGGAGAUUAUGACAUUAGGAAAGCAGCCAUAUCCAACCUACACCAACCAUGAAGUCUUAAAUUAUAUCAGCCAAGGUGGACGAAUGCCUUCACCAACAGGGUGUGCCCCGAGACUGCACAAUCUGAUGAUGGACUGUUGGAAAAAAGAGCCGUCUGAGAGGCCAAGCUUUCACCAGCUACAAGAAACCCUGAAUAAAUUGCGGGACUAUGAAGCUGAUAAAGAAACAAGCCAAAAUAUGACGCACGGUCAUGUAAACCAAGCCUAUCAGGAGGAUGAUUUGCCAGAGGAGGUCUGCACAGGGGUGGAUGAAGAUGAAAAUAUGGAAACUGGACUUUCUCCAGUGCUCAGCAAUGACGGACUAAAUUACUUGAUGUAUAAAGCUGAGAGUCUAGACAGUGUUCAAACAGACACCACUACAGAGUCAGAGGAUCGCUAACAUUAUGAAACUAGUUCAAAAUAACAUGUCAUAGCUUUCCUGUAGCUCAGUGGUAAGAGCAUUGCGUUAGGUUGUGGGUUCGAUCCCAGGGGAUUGCAAAUACCUAUGUAAAAUGUAUAGGAUAAAGCAAUGUAAGUCGCUUUGGAUAAAAGCGUCUGCCAAAUACCUAAAUGUAAAUGUAAAUGUCAUGUAUACACAUCAAAUGCACUACGUAAAAUAACAUUUAAGCACUAUAUAAGAUAAUAUAACUUUGACUAUUGGAGCCUUGCAGAAUAUGUGUAUUCCUAUAUAUUGUUUACAGUAGGCCUAUUAGUUAUUUUAAUACAUAGAAUUUAUAAAUGUAAGUAAACUAAUAAUAAAAGUAAUGUGUUUAGAGAUCAUUUAUGUAUUGUAUUGCAUUUGCUGUG